GGGGGAUGUGCUGCUGGGUUUGGCUGCAGCUCCGGAUCUCCGUCUGAUCCAACAGCGGGUUUAACCUGAGCUCAGCCCGAACCGCGCGCGCCGAACCAGAACCCGGACCCACUGCACCACCCAGAAACAGAUCUAUAGGCGGAGAUGCUGGAGAAGAAGAUUGAUUGGUUCUGGACGCUUCCUCUGUUACUGCUGUCGGCCAUGACACAGGUGAUGGCAAGUCCUGAGGUAAACGACAGUCAGCAGCAGGCUCCUCAGAACGUGUAUCACGAUAUCGGCGUCACCAGGAAUAAGAUCGUGACGGCGCAGUUUGAGUGCUAUCAGAAGAUAAUGAAGGAUAAUUACCUGCUGAAGAAAGUAGGGCCGGUGUGUAACAGGACGUGGGACGGUUGGUUGUGUUGGGAGGACACGGACGCCGGGGUCACGACUCAGCAGCACUGUCCCGAUUACUUCCAGGACUUCGACCCCUCAGAAAUGGUGACUAAGAUCUGUAUGGAUAACGGUCAGUGGUUCCUGCAUCCGGAGAGCAACCGCACCUGGACCAAUUACACUAGGUGUAACGAGCGCACUAACGAAGGCAGGAUGACGGCCAUGAAUCUGCUGUACCUGGCUCUGAUUGGCCACGGGCUCUCCCUCAUCUCCCUCUUCAUCUCCCUCGCCAUAUUCUUCCACUUCAAGAGUCUGAGCUGUCAGAGGAUCACUCUCCACAAAAACCUCUUCUUCUCCUUCGUCCUGAACUCCAUCAUCACCAUCAUCUGGCUGACGGCCGUCGCAAACAACCAGGAGUUAGUGCAGCGAAACCCCACGAGCUGUAAGGUGUCUCAGUUUGUUCACCUGUACCUGUUCGGGUGUAAUUAUUUCUGGAUGCUGUGUGAGGGGAUUUAUCUGCACACGCUCAUCGUCGUCGCCGUCUUCGCCGAGAAGCAGCACCUCAUGUGGUACUACCUGCUGGGGUGGGGUUUCCCAUUAAUACCAGCUACAAUACACGCUAUAGCCAGGAGCUAUUACUACAACGACAACUGCUGGAUCAGUUCGAACACGUCUCUGCUGUAUAUUAUUCACGGGCCGAUCUGUGCGGCGCUGGUGGUGAAUCUGUUCUUCCUGCUGAACAUCGUUCGGGUUCUCAUCACUAAACUGAAGGUGACGCACCAGGCCGAGUCCAGUCUCUACAUGAAGGCGGUGAGAGCCACCCUCAUCCUGGUCCCGCUGCUCGGCAUCCAGUACGUCCUGCUGCCGUAUAAACCGGGCGGACGCGUCUCCUCCGAGAUCUACGAUUACGUCAUGAACAUCCUCAUGCACUACCAGGGGCUGCUGGUGGCCACCAUCUUCUGCUUCUUCAACGGCGAGGUUCAGGGCGUGCUCAGGAGGCACUGGAAUCAGUACCGGAUUCAGUUCGGCAGCACUCUGACCCAUUCAGAGGCUCUGCGCUCCGCCUCCUACACCGCCUCCUCCAUCACCGAGGUUCAGGGCUGCUACAGCAUCGACUGCCACAGCGAACACUUAAACGGCAAGAGCUGCCACGACUCCGACGCCACCGCCUCGAAACCAGAAAACCCCUUCGCCUGAAUCACCGCGCCGCGACCGCCAGGAGACGCCGGACCCGACCUCAGCGCUGUCUCAGACUGACCCGCCCCAACACUUCCCUUUCACACUGUAAACUACCGGAUUACCUUAAACACAGCGCUAAAAACAGACUAAAACUACACCAGAAACUAAAACUGAAACAUCGUUACGCUCUGGAUUCAGCUCUGUACAGGAUUUAAAGUCGCCGGACUCAUUUUUAAAAACACUCAUUUUUACCGUCCUGAUUGUUGUUUAUAAUGCCAGUGCUGCUCUUUGAGCUCCUUGGUAAGACUAGACUAAGACUAGAAUAAGACCGGACUACUAAUGCUACACUAAGACUAGGCUGGAUAGAAAAAUAAUAAAGUAUUUUCAGAAUUUCCCUCUGGGAUCAAUAAAGUAUCUAUCUACCUACCUGCUAUCUAGACUAAGGCUAGAAUUUAACUAGACUAAGAUAGAUUAAGACUAGACUAAGACUAUACUAAGACUAUACUAAGACUAGACUAAGACCAGACUAAGACUAGACUAAGACUAGACUAAGGCGAAACUAAAACUAGACUAUGGCUAGACUGACACUAGACUAAGACAAGACUAUUGCUAUACUAAGACUAGACUAAACCUAGACUUAGACUGGACUAAGACUGGACUACAACUAAACUAAGACUAGACUAAGACUAGACUUGCUGUUGACUAUGUGUUCUUGUACACUCUGGACUGAAUUUUGGAUUCAGUGAAUGAAGAUUGUUGUAAAACUGUUUUUAUUUUAAUGUUAAAAUAGAUUUUAAAAUAGUUUCUAGUUAAAUUUCAGGCGUCUGUUAGCUGAUGUAUCAGAGCUGGGGUUCCGGCGCUUUCCUCCGAGCGUGAUGCUGCUUAGUGAUUGGUGGAAGUUGAAGAAGAGGCGGAGUCUGACUUCAGAUGUACCGGAGGAGGCAUGGACUGUCUCGUGUUGGGAUCUUUACAUAUCUUUACAUAGUGUGAGGGGGGCGGGGUUAAUUGGCCAAAUCAGGUAAAAUAUUUAUACUUUAUAUACCGUGUUUAAAGGCGCCGCUGUCGUGGCUUUUUUCGCUCUUUGUGAUCGUAGAGUUUUUAAUUGGCUAAUUUGGCCGUGCAGGAAUGUUUACACUUCACUGGUCAGUGUUUUCUGGUCUGCCCUCUAGUGGAAGCCUCCGGUAACACGUGUAGCACAUAGACAAUAACUCACGAUACGUUACGUUACCCUACGUUACGUUUACGACACCAUUACGCGCCGGAAACAGCAGGACUUUCUCUACCCCAAGACGUUUCUGGAUAUGAAGACUCCAGACACGGACUGCACUUUUGAUGUUUGCCUGAUCGGAUUAUCAGAUUAUAAUUUUACGUUUUUACUGCCGACAGUGUGCUACACUCACGGGCGCUGGACUACAAAUGCUGCAAAAUGUAGUUCCACUUUUAUAAACACUAUUGUACAGAAAUAUAAACAUGUCUAUAUAUAAAUAUUCCUUUUCUGGAAGAUAGCCAGUAUCAUUUCCGUGUUGUAUUCGUUCAGAACCGUUCUGUAGAUGUUCUGUUACAGUGUUCAGAUGUUUGUUGUGUUUAAUCUGUGGUACUUUUUCACAAAACAAGAAUUCCAGUCUGA